GGACGGUGAUCCAGAUCGAAUCACUGUCCUCCGAAUUGGCCGAAUCCAAAUUGAAUAUUUCCCUAUUCUCGCAGGUCUAAUAAUGACUGAAUUUUGUUCUGGGUUGUGUAGUGAGUGGUGUAGUACCUUGUCAUCGCCCUUGGGAGAGCGUGAGGCUUUCCACUCUGUAACUCAGUCUGUCUCCCCCACAGCUGCCAGAGAUGCACACUAACAGCUGUGACAAUAUCUCCCAGUUCUCUGUGGACAGCAUCACCAGCCAGGAGAGCAAGGAGCCUGUGUUCAUUGCUGCCGGAGAUAUCAGGCGGCGCCUCUCUGAGCAGCUUGCUCACACCCCCACAGCGUUCAAGAGAGACCCCGAGGACCCCUCUGCUGUGGCCCUGAAGGAGCCCUGGCAGGAGAAAGUCCGACGGAUCCGGGAAGGUUCCCCAUAUGGCCACCUGCCCAACUGGCGCCUCCUCUCCGUAAUUGUGAAAUGUGGGGACGACCUGCGGCAGGAGUUGCUGGCAUUCCAAGUCCUCAAGCAGCUGCAGUCCAUAUGGGAGCAGGAGCGUGUGCCCCUCUGGAUCAAGCCAUACAAAAUCCUCGUCAUCUCUGCAGACAGUGGCAUGAUUGAGCCAGUUGUCAACGCCGUGUCCAUCCACCAGGUCAAGAAGCAGUCCCAGCUCUCGCUGCUGGACUACUUCCUGCAGGAGCAUGGCAACUACACUACAGAGGCAUUCCUCACUGCUCAGAGGAACUUUGUGCAGAGCUGUGCCGGCUACUGCCUGGUCUGCUACCUGCUCCAGGUCAAAGACAGGCAUAACGGCAACAUACUGUUGGAUGCAGAUGGGCACAUCAUCCACAUCGAUUUUGGGUUCAUCCUCUCCAGCUCACCGAGGAACCUUGGCUUUGAGACAUCAGCCUUCAAGCUCACCACUGAGUUUGUUGAUGUAAUGGGAGGCCUGGACGGGGACAUGUUCAACUACUACAAGAUGCUGAUGCUGCAGGGUCUCAUCGCUGCCCGGAAGCACAUGGACAAGGUCGUGCAGAUUGUGGAGAUCAUGCAGCAAGGUUCCCAGCUCCCCUGCUUCCAUGGCUCCAGCACCAUCCGCAACCUGAAGGAGCGUUUUCACAUGAACAUGACAGAAGAGCAGCUGCAGAUGCUGGUGGAGCAGAUGGUGGACGGCAGCAUGCGCUCCAUCACCACCAAGCUCUACGAUGGCUUCCAGUACCUCACCAAUGGCAUCAUGUGACACCCACGCCCGCCCCUUCCUCGGACGGCUGUCACGGCGAGAGCGGGGGCCCGGAGCCUCAGCCGAGGGAGAAGGUCUUCUUCCCCCAGUGGCAGA